AUGGUGACACGAAUCAGUGGUGUGCUGAGGACGAGCGAUUCGACUGGCAGUGUCGCGUCGAACGGCAGCGGACCCGAACCGGCAGCAUCAUCGUCACAACCCAGCAGUCCACAGCACCCUACACAAGAGGGUGCGAUUCUCACGACGAUGAUUGCUGCUCGUCAUUUGUCGAGUAAGUUUGUGAGCAAGAGACUAAGAGGAGUGUUGUGA